GAAGGCAUACACAGUAGACCAUAAGUUAUGAAGACCAGCUGAGUUCGAUUCUAAGCAGUAUUUAAAGAAGCUUGAGUGAAUCACAUUUCUGCGAACUUCUAUUUAGAAUGAAGACGCUCCUCAUCUUCAACCAGUACCUGAUAUCAGGAUGAAGAUCCUUCAGUUCAGGAUGAAGAUCUUCCUCUCCACCCUCUACCUGAUCUCAGGCCCAGUGUGCUGCUCUGAUGUGUUCGGCUAUUCAGGAGGAAGCGUCCUUUUAUUCUCUGAUCUGCAGUGGGAUGUAAACAAGACAAGAUAUAUUUGCAGGGUGGAACAAAGUGGCUGUCUAGAUAUAAUGAAGGAUCAGACUAAGGUCAGGUCUGUCACUAACGGGAGGUUCAUGAUGUAUUCAAAUGUAGAUGGAGAGUUUACAGUGUUGAUCAGAGAGCUGAAGCCUCAGGAUUCUGCCGUGUACAGAUUUGGAGUUGGGAAUGAAAAGCAUAAGGACAUCAAGCUGACCGUUCAGAGUGAUUCUUGUUGUGGGGGAAUUACAAAAACGAAUGCUUAUCUAGGAGAGACGGCCAACUUCGACUGUAACCAUCCAGAUGAGUUCAAGAUGAAAAGCAAGUACCUCAUCAACCUCAAUGAUCAACAUACAAUUAGAAGAAUAAUUUGCACUGGACAAGCGUCUCAGAAGAAGCAGAAAGACAGAUUCUCCAUCUCUGAUGACAGAAGCUCUAACGUCUUCAGUGUGAACAUCAGUGAUGUGACAGAAGAUGAUGGAGGAGUUUAUCUGUGUGGAGUGUGGAAGAAUCAGAAGUCAGUGGGUUAUUACUCCUACUUCAGAGAGAUUCAGCUGAAAGUUUCUGCUCCAGGUUCCUCUAUCAUCACUGUGUGUGUCUGUGGGACUCUGUUGCUGAUUGGAGGAGCAGCACUGAUCUUCUACAGACGGAGAAACCACAUGAUACAGGACUCAGCUUCAACUGGCCAGAGAACAGACAAAAAUAAUGAAGAUGACGAUUAUGAAAAUGUCUCACAUGGAAAUCGAUACAACAUCAGCAUGGGUCCAGUCCACCAGAGCCCAAACCCCAACAUAGCAGAUUUAGUCUAUGAGGACCCUGAUCCAAACACCCACCAAUCGGAUUCGGACUAUGAGAACACCAACCAAUCAGAUUUCAUUUAUGCGAAUGUGACCAUCAAGAGCAGUGGAUGAGGGGAGUAUUUCAUAAAGCAGUUCUCAGUGCCAACACAUAAGAACCAGUGAUAACUGCCUAUUGGAAAUGUCCUCUUCUCUUAUUGGUCAAAGCGAAACUCUUGGUUUGAGUUGUCGGAGAAGUUUACCAAAUACACCCAAAUUUUCACAACAUCAGUUUAUUUGCACCUCCCUCAAUACUCCAGUCCUUCUAGAUUAAAUAAAAAAACAAUACUUUUGGUUUUUGUUUUCUUAGUUGUUUCCAGUGUAAACUUACUUGCCUAAGGUUGCAACAAGGAGAGAAAUUAAGGAUAUUUUAGCUGGAGAGUUAAACACAUCUCUAUAAUCGCUACAUUUGUGUUUUAUUGCUUGAUCAGUCAGUUUAUGCUUCUACAGAUUUCUCUUAAUAUGUCUGCAUGUACUCCUUCUUAGUUAUAAGCUAUCAAAAUCUGAUCUCUAUUCUGUCAUUAUGAUCUCCAGUGGUUUCACCAUACAGUCUCAGAAAAAGAAAAAAAGGUAUGAAGCUGUGACUGGGGUGGUACCCUCAAAAGGUACAUCUCAGUGCCUUCUGUCAGGGAACAUAACUGAACCAUAUUCUACUGAAAUGAUCUGUUCUAAGCUGUGCUGACUCCACACACCCCGCCCCGCCCCGCCUCACCUCCAGGUGUUUAUUCUACUGCUCUGUUUUAAAACAUUCGGUUAUGAAAAGGAACAAUUAUGAACUUCACUUGGAAAAACUACAAGGUACACAACUGGACCUUAAACCGAACUUCUGAAGGAACAUUUACACUGUUUGUACUUUGAUGAAAGAAAAAUGUACCCCCACAGGACCUUUAUUUCUAACCAUGUAUAUUGUGAGCAUUUUACAUUCAAUAAACUUAUCAAAUCAUGCAAUGCA